GUGCAGCCUGCAGAGCAUCUGGCUCGCCUCCUUCCUCUGGGUGGACCCAGCUCCCUGGGCUGACACUCAGCUGGGGAAGGUGAGAAGAGAGGGCGCUGCUUGGCUGGAGGGCACAGCCGGCCAGUUUUUGAGAAAAGCACAGCGAAACCGGCGAGAGCCCGGAGCGAGACAGGCGCAGGGAGCAGAGACGGAAAGAGAGAGAGAGAGACAAAAGAUCCGCCUUGGACCAGCAACGUCGUGCAGCCUAGAGAAGCCGGGCACGGCGGCUGCAGCGCAGCGGAGCGCGGGGCUCGGGGCGCGGGACACUAGGCAGCUCUAGGCGAGCCGGGGGCCGCGGGGAGUCUGACGAUGGGCCGGAGGGGAGGCAGCGCGCUGUUGGCGCUGGGCGCCGCGCUCACUGCCUGCGCCUGGCUGCUGGGCUCGGCGGCCGCAGCUGGAGAGCCCGGGGCGGCGGGGAUGCGGCGGCGGCGGCGGCUGCAUCAGGAGGACGGCAUCUCCUUCGAGUACCACCGCUACCCGGAGCUGCGGGAGGCGCUGGUGUCCGUGUGGCUGCAGUGCCCGUCCGUCAGCAGGAUCUACACGGUCGGGCGCAGCUUCGAGGGCCGGGAACUGCUGGUGAUCGAGCUGUCCGACAACCCUGGGGAGCACGAGCCUGGGGAACCUGAAUUCAAAUACAUUGGGAAUAUGCAUGGUAAUGAGGCUGUUGGCCGGGAAUUGCUCAUCUUCUUGGCUCAGUACUUAUGCAAUGAAUACCAGAAAGGAAAUGAGACAAUUAUCAACCUAAUCCACAAUACUCGCAUCCACAUUAUGCCUUCCCUGAAUCCUGAUGGUUUUGAGAAAGCAGCAUCUCAGCCUGGUGAGCUUAAGGAUUGGUUUGUAGGUAGAAGCAAUGCCCAGGGAAUAGAUCUGAACCGAAAUUUUCCUGACCUGGAUAGGAUUGUCUAUGUUAAUGAAAGAGAAGGUGGGCCAAACAAUCACCUGUUGAAAAACCUGAAGAAAAUUGUGGAUCAGAACACAAAGCUUGCUCCAGAAACUAAGGCUGUCAUUCACUGGAUUAUGGAUAUCCCCUUCGUGCUUUCAGCCAACCUUCAUGGAGGAGACCUGGUUGCAAAUUACCCAUAUGAUGAGACUAGAAGUGGUAGCGCUCAUGAAUACAGCCCUUGUCCUGAUGAUGCUACUUUCCAGAGCUUGGCUAGGGGAUAUUCUUCUUUUAACCCAGCCAUGUCUGAUCCUAACCGCCCACCCUGUCGGAAGAAUGAUGAUGACAGCAGCUUUGUAGAUGGAACAACCAAUGGUGGUGCUUGGUAUAGUGUCCCAGGGGGCAUGCAGGACUUCAAUUACCUCAGCAGCAACUGUUUUGAGAUCACAGUGGAACUCAGCUGCGACAAAUUUCCCCCAGAGGAGACUUUGAAGAGCUAUUGGGAGGAUAACAAAAACUCAUUGAUCAAUUACCUCGAGCAGAUUCACAGAGGGGUUAAAGGAUUCGUUCGAGAUCUUCAGGGUAAACCAAUUGCCAAUGCCACAAUCUCCGUGGAAGGAAUUGACCAUGAUAUCACUACUGCAAAGGAUGGUGAUUACUGGAGAUUGCUUGUACCUGGUAACUACAAACUCACAGCUUCAGCUCCGGGUUUUCUAGCAAUAACUAAAAAAGUGGCGGUUCCCUACAGUCCUGCUGUGGGGGUUGAUUUUGAAUUGGAAUCAUUGUCUGAAAGAAAAGAAGAAGAAAAAGAGGAACUGAUGGAAUGGUGGAAAAUGAUGUCAGAAACUUUAAAUUUUUAAGGAACGGCUUCUAUUGAUUUGCUGCUUUUAAUCUAUGACAUGUUAACUUAGUAUGAUGUAGUGUGGAGUCUAUUUUAGAUUUUGUGCAGUUAAAAUAUUUAACUUUGAUUUAUUUUUUCCAGCAAUCAUUUGAAUAUUAACCAUUAUCACUUAAAUAUAGAUUCUUAGAUAGAAAAAUAAGAACUCUUGAUUGAUUUCAUUCUGUUAUAUCUGGUUCACUUUUCCUGCAUGGAAGAUGCAGAAAAAAUUAACAUGAUCUCAGCAGUCUGAGCAGAAAUGCAAUACUCUACAUGUUAUUUACAAUCCUGAACUUUCCGAAUAAUUCUGGCUUUUAAAAAUUAGUAAAGCCCAGAUAAUAGAAAUAUUUGGUGGUAUCUAUGAAUGGGGUCUGCUUCAUAUUAGUUCAUGUAGUGAAUGCUAUUGCAAAGAUAUAUAGGGACAGCUUGGUGUUGUAAGCCAUAUAUUACAAGAAUUAAAGUCCAGUAUAAAAUGUUGUUUGUUUCCCAUGUGACCAGCUAUAUAAACCCUGAUCUUGUUAAUGCAUUUAUCAUAAGAUGGGAAAAUACAUAUUUGCUGAGCAUUUUUAUGAAAGGAACCGAAAUUGAUCAAUUGUAUGUACAUAUGGGAACAAUGCAAUUUUGAUCUUUUGCCUGUUAAUGUUACUUCAAGACUGUGAAGUUUUUCUUAGUUGCUUAUGACCCUGAAAUGACAAUUUGAGUGAAUAAAGAAACAAACAAACAAACAGA